CAACAUUCCAGAUUUUACCUUUUGUAUUGAUAAACUCAGCCACAUCGGAGAGAAAACGAACGGUUUUAAACAUAAUAUACAAGCAUAUUAUACGAGCGAAAUGUCUUUCAAAAAUGGACAGGCGGAAAACAUUAAGUUCCCCUGGUUUAAGGAACGGCUAAAGACGAAAUAUCUCAGGGAUCUAAGGCAAAAGCAGCAGUUAUCUGGGUCAUUAGACAGUCGCAAAUGGCGCUUUUUGUCCCAGGGCCUGGAUGAUUUUAGAGACGGUUACCCAACAGUCCAUAAAGAGCUCUUCACUCAGUGUAAGAGUGGACCCUCCCCAGCAGUCUUUGGCAUGCCGAAUCACGCUUGUUCAGUGAAGUUCCCAAAGAAAAGACUGAGUAAAAAUCAAGUGUGUUACUCAAAGCAGAAUCCCCAGAAUCAAGCUCAGCGUGAGUUCAUUGACGCUGUUGAAUACAAACUCAAACAACACCCUCUGGCCCUCUAUCCUCAUCUGGAGAGCGGUAUGACUCCUGAGCUAUUUGAUCAGGUGUUGUCAGUCCUGGAUCCUGAUAUGUGCAUGAAGGGAGAACUGUCCAUAACCUCUCCAUCCAAAAAAGUGGAGCAUCUAGAAAAAAGCAGCGCACAAUGUGAAAUCUCAACUCCGGAAACCAUAAAACCGUCCAUCACCAUCAAACCACAAAAGGAAAAAUGUAAAGAGGCCAGACCAAGAAAUCCUUAUAAAUGGCAGAAACUUAAAGAAACUUUGCGUGUCGAAGAUCAUAUGGCGAGUGUUAAACACCUGCACUCCGUAUUGCAAGAAGAUGACAAGCAGAUGAUUACCAAGCUCUUCUGUGAAUGGAUUACUUCACUGGAUGGAGAAACCAGUGAUUUGACAGAGUCAGCCAUCUUGGAUUUGUUUAAGAGUGACUAUGAAAAGAAACCCUCCUUGUCCCUACCUAUUAACAAGUCUGAUCCUAAUCAAGCUCCAAAACCAAAACUCUACAGCUCUGUGGAAGAACAUCAUAAAGACCAGAGUGUUGAAGAGUUGACUCAGGUCUAUAAACCCAAGAGAACCCAGGAUGCCAAUGAUCCUCUAAGAGAUAUCACAGGAAGCCUGGACUUUGAAGAACAGCUGAGCGAGAAGGGUGAGGAGCUAAAGCAGAUUCAUGGCAUUCAGGCAUUCAGAGAGUUCAUUAUCAACAAGGGAGUGAGAAUGCCAUGGUUUCUCAGUGCUGUCUUCCCUGAAGAUGAACAGAAGAACAGGAUCAGAAGCUCAAACACCGCAAGCUCCACAUCAUCGUCAUCUAAAGGGAGAGCUGUCCAUUAAGAUCUUUAAAUAGUACUCCCUUAUGUUGUUUUAUUGAACAUCACUUCACACAUUCAUGCAUCAGCUGCUGAGUGCAGUCCCCCAGACUACAAUUUUUGUGAUCAAAGCAACAUUUUACCCCAGGCCAGAUUUCUGUAUUAUGUUGUUUUACGAUCAAAAAAAUAAAGCUAGGGCGUAUUUGGCAUGGUUCUCUCUUCCUCUAGUUUUCUUCAUUCAUUCAUAAACUUUUCACUGAAAAACAAACACUGAUUUCUCAGCACCCUGGUGGGAAUUACAAGGGCUUUCUAAGGAUUUUUAGGUAAACAGGCUGAAGUCUCUCAAGGCUCUCAUGUAUUCUGCCAUGCUAAUGAGCUGCACUUGGCUAAGUUCUACAUUGUCUUCUAGUGCUUUUUUUCCGUGUUUAAGUGCUAUAUUUGGGUCACCAGUGCAUCUGUCAACCCAAA